CAGGAGCGUGAGCCCCAUGCGCCGGCGCCGAAAGCGCGCCGGGCCGACACCUCAUCAUCCCCUGAUCCGCACCGCGGCGCUGCACUCCGCUGCAGCUGCCGACGUCGCUGGCUCACCUCGCCGAGCCAGCGCAACCGUGACCGUGACCGGCGUCCCGCUGACCCGCCCUUCGGUCCAGCGCCCCCGGACUUUUUUCGUCCCUAUAUCCAGAACUCUCCAUUGCUUUGCUCUCAGUCUCCCACCCGCCCAGGCCAGCGCCCCUCUUUCUCUUUGUGAUGUGGGCGGCAUGCACUGCACGAUAGCGACGUGGCGCGCCCAUCCAAUUCCGUGAGCCCAUCCAGUUCGUGUUCGCGUAAGAAUAACGGCAGCCAGCCACAGCCCACAGGCCCCCAAGGACUCUCGUCGCUCGCCUUUCCCCCAACUUUCUCCCCCCGCUCGGCCAUACGGCCACUCGCCUCGCCUCGCUGAAACCAAUCGCCUCUUCUCUCCCUCUCCCUCUCCCUCCAAUGCUUCCCACCGAUCGCUCCUGAAGCGGCUCAACUGCUCCAGAUUUUCUCGAGGGUUUAACUUCUAGCGGGGAGGCUCGGCGGGGAGCUAAGGAUUGGUACUACUUUCCGUGGCUGUUUCUGGGGUGGUUAGUGAUGAAGAGGCUGAAAUUUUGGUGUCCUUGCUCAGCCAUGGGUAGUAGGAGAUAUGACAUUGAUACGAGGAGAUGUGGGAUCCACUCAAGACCAACCAAAUCAAUGUAUCUGGAUGCUCAACAAAUCGUCAGCUGCCAAACUAGAGUGGGAGACCACGAUGUUGGUUCCUGUGCUGUGAAGCAUCACUUCCCGUCUCCAAUCGUAUCUUGGAUAGAAGAUCUUUCCAGCUUUGGCAAUGCUUCUUUUAAUCCUGUCUCUGAAUAUGUGGAUGAGCAAGCCAGAGCUUCAGUGGGACAGUCUUCAGCAUCAAGUAAUUUGCAUGACAUGCAAAUAUCAGUGAGAUUGACAGCCGAAUUCAUGGAGCUUGCAAAGGAGAAUACAAGCAAUAAUCUAGAGACUUGUGGAAUUCUUGGUGCUUCAUUUAGGGAUGGAACUUAUUUUGUCACGAUGUUGAUUAUACCAAAGCAAGAAGGAACUGCUCACUCAUGUCAGGCUGUUAGUGAGGAGGAGAUACAUGCCGUGUUAUCAGAGCAGUCACUUUAUCCUGCAGGGUGGAUUCAUACUCAUCCUUCACAAACAUGCUUUCUAUCAUCGAUCGACUUGCAUACUCAAUACUCUUACCAGGUUAUGUUACCAGAGGCUGUUGCAAUUGUGGUCGCACCCACAGAUCCAACCAGGAGUUACGGAAUAUUCAGGCUGACUGAACCUGGAGGGAUGGAUGUUCUUAGGGAGUGUGACGAAAGUGGGUUCCACACUCACCGAGAGACAACCAACGGCAGCCCAAUCUAUGAAACCUGCUCGAAAGUGCACUUCAAUCCCAACUUGCGGUUUGAGAUUGUCGACCUGCGCUCGGCUCAAUGAUCAAUGGGACUAAAGCUAUGGCAGCACGUGCUCCCUUGUGCUCCCUCUUGGCAGAAGUAUAUACCAUAGAGCUUGCUGACGAUGCGUGAUAGGUAUAGUGACAGCGCCAAGCCGGAACCAAGAUGCUCAUGUUACUUAUCUGACAUCUGCGCUGGUAUUUGUCAAAGAAAAGGAGUAACUGAAAACUAGCACUGGUUAUCUUGUCUGUUCGGCCAGCCUUUGAGUUGGUAUUUUAAGUAAUACUGUAUAUAACAUACAACUGGGGCAAAACACACACACACACUAUUAACUUGGUCUGGGAUGUGAUUGUAACGUAGCGCAAUAGCGCUUGACUGUUUCUGUGGCACUGCCAAUUUACUUACUAAUUGUCAGUGACUGGAGUAUGAAGAAAUACAUUAAUUUGGCAGUUCCUUACUAAA